AUGUUCCUGCGGGAAAUGUAUGAAGGUGUUGAGGAAGGCCAUUAUGCUUACAGGAUUCGUGAUAGGCUGAGGCGAGAGUAUUUAGUUCCGCUCCGUAAAGUGUUGGAGUUGCCUGUAGUCUAUAUGAGUGGUAAAAUGUGGGAGUCGCUGCCUUAUAACCGUGUUUCAUCUGUUGCUAUGAAGAAGUAUAAGAGCUUUUUCGAAGCACAUGAUGAAGAAAGGUUCAAUCAGUAUAUAGAGAGUGUUCAGAAAGGAGAAAAAAAGAUUUCUGCUGGUGCAUUGUUGCCUCAUGAGAUCAUUUGGUUUGUUCUGCGAAAUUCGUACGGUGAUAAUGUUGCGGAGCUGCAAUGGAGACGGAUGGUAGAUGAUAUGUCUAAGAUUGGAAAGCUAAGUGAUUGUCUUGCGAUUGCGGAUGUGUCUGGUAGCAUGAGCAGGACACCAAUGGAUGUCGCUGUAGCUCUUGGUUUGUUGGUGUCGGAGAUGAGUCAAGAACCAUGGAAAGGAAAACUUAUCACCUUCAGCAAUGAUCCUCAAUUCCACACGAUUGAAGGUGACAAUCUGAGAUCGAAAACAGAAUUCAUCAAAGGAAUGGAUUGGGGAUAUUCAACAGAUUUUCAGAAGGUGUUUGACCAAAUAUUGCAAGUGGCUGUUGAUGGCAAAUUGAAGGAAGACCAUAUGAUUAAGCGGCUUUUUGUGUUUAGCGAUAUGGAGUUCAACCAGGCUUCAAAAAAGGGUUGCUACAGUUGGCUCGAUCAGUCGAGCCCGGCUUCAGCUGAGGAAUGGGAGACUGAUUACCAGGUGAUAAAGUUUAGGGAGAAGGGAUACAUGAAUGUGCCGGAGAUUGUGUUUUGGAACCUUCGAGACUCUGAAUCAACUCCUGUGUUGGGUCAACAGAAAGGUGUGGCAAUGCUUAGUGGGUAUUCGAAGAAUUUAAUGACUCUUUUCCUUGAGGGUGAUCUUGGUGAAUUGACACCCAUUAGAGUGAUGGAAAAGGCAAUCUCUGGGGAGGAAUACAGUAAACUUGUUGUAGUUGAUUGA